AAAGUGUCACGGUUGAUGUGCAGGCAUCAGCGAGGAAGGAGGCGGGACCUGGCAGCGUAUUUAAGCGAUGAAGACGAUCCAUCAGAGUUCUUCCACAGGACGUCAAACCAGGUCGCUUUCUGUGUCGGAUUCGGGAGCAGCAAGCCGAGUGGAAUGGACCAUAAACAUGAACUGGCGGCACACAGAGGCUUCAAUUUCAUUCGUGGAAUUCACGAUCCUGACGAUGUGGACGGAAUCAGCAAACUGGAGAUGAGAGACUCUGACAUCUUUGUCGUCACCUAUCCCAAAUCAGGGACGGUUUGGAUGCAGCAGAUCUUGCUGCUCCUGGAGGCCAAGGGCGAUAUGACGGUUUACAGCGCCGCAAAGAUGCCCUGCAACGGUGAUCUCGUUCCCUGGAUUGAGGUCAUCGGCAGCAGAGAGGCGUUCCUGACUGCACCGUCACCCAGGCUGAGGGUCACCCACCUUCCUUACCACCUCAUGCCCGCGGCCCUCAGGCAGAAGAAGGGUAAGGUGAUCUACGUGGCGAGAAACCCCAAAGAUGUCCUGGUUUCUUACUACCACUUCCAUCAUCUUGCAAAGAUGCUGGUCACACCCACAAGCUUUGAAGACUUCUUUGAGAAGUUCCUCCGAGGAGAUGUGUUUGGCUCCGGCUGGUUCCAGCACGUGAAGACUUGGUAUUCCCACAGGGACGACAUCGACAUGUUCUUCAUCACCUAUGAGGAAAUGAUCCACGAUCUGAACGUGUCAGUGAAGAAGCUCUGCACGUUCCUCGGGAAGGAGCUGACGGAGGAGCAGCUGGCCGACGUGGUGAAGUACAGCACCUUCAGCAACAUGAAGAAGAUUCCUCAGGCCAACUACGAGCACGUGUCAGAUGACCUGUUCAAUCACCACAUGGGCAGAUUCAUGAGGAAAGGAACCAUCGGUGACUGGAAGAACCACUUCACCGUGGCCCAGAAUGAGAUCUUUGACCAGGUCUUCCAGAGGGAGAUGGAGGAUUUCCCAGUGUCGUUCACGUGGGACAUGACAGACAUGGCGUGAUCAGCACAUGCAAAGCGCCUUCACCUUUUCCGUUCCCUUUGUCCUCUGCUCCUGCCGUUGUAGCCGUGAAAAGCGUCUGCAGGCAUUCUUCUUCUUGAACCUUUGGUUCCUCGUAUAGCUGUAAAAAACAAUAUUCACAUGGAUGUGCAUUUCUAUUCAGACUGUCUGUGUGUAGUCAUGUUAGUGAAACAAAAGUAAACAAAAUCCCUCCUUUGUCACCCUAAAGUGGUUCCACACCCCACUGUGAUAAUUAAACAUCCGUGAAGUAGCCAUCUUUAUUUAUUCAUGGAAUAGUUUCAUAGGCAAACCUUCUAAAUUUGUUUUUAACAUCAUUCGAGCCCUCCCGACAUUACAGUUUCCUCCCACAUUCCAAAAACAUGCUAGGUUAAUUAGCCACUCCAAAUUGUCCAUAGGUAUGAAUGUGAGUGUGAAUGGUUGUUUGUCUAUAUGUGCCCUGGGAUUGGCUCUCUCAAUAUUUGGACUAUUUAUUGCUGUUUUUUUUCUUUUUAAUUUUCCAACAAUUUCAACUUUCUUCUUGGAAAUUUUCUUUCUGAAAUUAUGACUUUUUACUAUAAUUUUUUCUUUUAAAUUUUCCAACAAUGUCAACUUUCUUGUUGAAAAUUUUUAUUCCUGUAAUUAUGACUUUAAUCCCAUAACAUUUGGACUUGUAAUAUUAGGAAUAUUAGGAAACAACAACAUUUUCUAUGUGUAUUAAGUUUAACUUUAAAAACUAAUGUUUUUUUUCUUUGGCUAUUUCAACUUGACGCUAGUAAAUGGCAUUGUUAUUCCUCAUAAUAUUAUGACAAAAAAAUAAAUAAAUACAAUGACUUUUAUUGUUGAA